GUUAUAUCAUUACAUGUGUAAUAAUGUGGAUUUUUGUUUGAUUUGACGUUUGAUAAAAUUUGACGUUGUUGGUUUUGUUUCACGGCGACGCCGUCAAAAAACGUGAUCAGCACGUCACAGUCACUGAUUUUCGACGUGAAAGUCUUUUAAAUGACCUAGACGAGACGAACCCAAAGUAAGUCGCCCUCUACUCUCAGGAGAACAUACAAAAUCUAUUGAUAUUAUCCAGUUUUUAAUUUAUUAUCACAGAAGAUGUUGCGCACAAUUGUUGUACGAAGUGAUUUGGCGAAAAGCACUCUCAGAAAAGUUGUCCGGUCAAAUAUUGUCAGAACUUUGAGUGUAGAAUGCACAAAAAGGCGAAAUAAUCACAGAUCGCUUCUCCUGAGAGAAAAUAGGGCACUGCAAUGGCAAGGCCCUUCGGUAAAUUUCUUCCGGCGUUAUGCAACCGAUUACCCUCCACACACCAAAGUCCUCCUACCUGCCCUUUCUCCAACCAUGGAGUUGGGGACAAUCGUCAGUUGGGACAAAAAAGAAGGCGACCGGCUAAACGAAGGAGACUUAUUAGCCGAAAUCGAGACUGAUAAAGCCACCAUGGGCUUUGAAACCCCCGAGGAGGGCUACCUCGCAAAAAUUCUCAUCCCCGCGGGCUCUAAAGACGUGCCCAUUGGCAAAUUAGUGUGUAUUAUUGUGGAAAAUGAGGCCGACGUGGCCGCUUUCAAAGACUUCAAGGAUGAUGGCGCCGCCGCUGCGCCGCCUAAACCCGCUGCUGCUCCCGCGCCGGAAGCCCCUGCGGCCGCCCCGACGCCGCCCCCCGUGCCAGCGGCUCCCGCGCCACCGACGGUGCCACCGCCAGCAGCGGCAAGUGAUCGUGUUUAUGUCAGUCCAAUGGCGAAGCGACUAGCCGAGCAACGUAACAUUCGUUUACAGGGCAAGGGGACGGGUCUUUUCGGGUCCGUAACGUCGUCCGAUCUUGAUAGUAUGGCUGCCGGGGCUCCGGCAGCGGCGGGUGCGAAGGCGCCGCCUCCAGGACCGGCUAACGUGCCGAGCGGGGCCCCCUAUGUCGAUAUUCCGGUGUCAGGAAUGCGCGGCACGAUUGCUAAAAGACUGCUGCAGUCUAAGCAGAACGUUCCUCAUUAUUAUCUGACUAUUGAAUGUAAUGUUGAUAAGUUGUUGAAACUGAGAAGUCGAUUUAAUAAGAAGUUUGAGAAGGAGGGUGUGAAGUUGAGUGUGAAUGAUUUUAUUAUUAAAGCGGUGGCGUUGGCUUGUAAGAAGGUGCCGGAGGCGAAUUCUGCCUGGAUGGAUACUGUUAUAAGACAAUACUCUUCAGUGGAUGUGAGUGUGGCAGUGUCAACAGACCGCGGCUUGAUAACCCCCAUCGUCUUUGGAGCAGACGGGAAAGGUGUCAUAGAUAUCAGUAAAAUAGUUAAAUCGUUAGCAGCAAAAGCUCGCGACGGUAAACUUCAGCCACAAGAGUACCAAGGAGGCACUAUAAGUAUUUCAAAUUUGGGAAUGUUUGGAGUUGACCAAUUCAGUGCCAUAAUAAAUCCACCACAAAGCUGCAUUUUAGCAGUUGGUACCACUGCCAAGCGUUUAGUACCCGACGAGUCGGAAAAAGGAUUCAAGGAAUCCCAAUUUAUUUCGGUGACGUUGAGCAGCGAUCACAGAGUCGUUGAUGGAGCUGUUGGUGCUCAGUGGCUGAAAUGGUUGCGCCAGUUCUUAGAAGAUCCAGAAUCGAUGAUCCUUUAAGUUAUUGAAAUCAUACAUAUUUGUUAAGUUUCUCAUUUAUCAUUUUCGUGCCGUGUUUUCGAAUUAAACAUAGAGAAGACCUGAAGUUAAGGUCUCUGUUGGUUUAAAGAAGAAUUCUUCCAUCUGUAUAAUGUUGCAUUUACGAUAAGAUUUGUAGUGGAACUUAUACCAACAGAUUUAGUUCGAGAGACAGGUAAUCAUCCAAACAUUGUGUUUCAUGAAGACUUUCAUUGCUGUUUAUAUAAAAAGUUGUAAUUCUUUGUUGAGCAAAUGUAUUUAUGUAUUUAAGGAUAAAUAAACUAAUUGUACAUAGGA